AUGAAUGUUAGCUACGUAGAGCGUAGUCAAUUCACUAUUUUGGUGUUGUGUAACAUCUGUAUCUUCAACGCUGAACCAUUCUUCAUUAGCAAUAAAGAAAUCAGAAAAUUUUUUGGAUUUGCUCCUGCCAAAAUUUUCAAAGGAUUAGCGAAAAGAAAUAAGGACGAUGAAUCUAGUGAAGAAUACGAGGAGUUGUAUAGAAGGGAAUACGCUCAAAGUAUCAACGAGAAACUCAAAAAAUUAGCCAAAGAACGACAAGUUGAACUUCUAGAUUUAGAACACAGCAAUAAGCAUGAAAACGUUGAAGGCUUCUCCAAAACUGGUUCAAAAUUGAAUGCUAAUCAAAAACCUUAUCAGGAAGAAGAUGCUAAAAUUGUAAAAAUUAAAAUUAUUAACGAUGAUGAUAAAAGAACUCACGAUGAUAGUGAUUAUUCUAAAGUGUUACUAAUGGUACCUACUGGUGGUUAUAAAAACCACAGACAUCCUUAUUAUGAUAACGAUGAUGAAUAUUAUAAACAUUUUCAAGGAUAUCCUGAAUCUUAUCAAGAAGAGUUUAGUAAUGAUCCGCCACUUUUCCAUCAUCAAUUUAAAUGA